AGUUAUGAUUUAAAUAUGGACACUCAUGCGCUGCGCAAUUUCAAGUGGGCGUUUGUUGACAGUGCGUGUUGGUGAUGCGCGCAUUGUGGACGCGAGGAGCCGUGGGAUACAACUGAACAACUGAAAAAGAUUCAAAAUUAGGAGGUUCUCGGUAAAAGAAAAUUCAUAUCAUCAUCCCCUGUACAGUAAAGGACGACCUAUAUAGGCAAAGUCAAAAUGUCCCUCCAGACAAAACAAGUCAGAGUCCUGGUCCUCAACGAUAUGGAACAGCUGGGAAGGACACUCUUCCGCCUGGACCAAGGCUUUGAGCUCCAGUUCCGUCUGGGCCCUACUCUCCAGGGAAAACAUGUGCAUGUGCACACUAACUACCCUGCUCCGGGCAAACACUUUGACCGUCACACCUUCCAGGCCCUGGCCUGGCACAACCCCAUGGGAAGAGAGGACGACUCUGACAAGUUUUGCACCCUAGACCUACAGAUCGCUGGAUCAUACCAAUACUACUUUGGUCACGGCCAUGAGGAGAAGUCAGGCGGUGGCUACAUAGUGGUGGACCCAGUGCUGCGAGCCGGGGCUGACAACCACCACGUCCAUCUGGACUGUAUCACCAUCCAGACCUACCUGUCCAAAUGCCUGGGACACCUGGAUGACUGGCCAGCCAGACUGAGGGUGGCCAAGGAGUCUGGCUACAACAUGAUCCACUUCACCCCACUCCAGACUCUAGGGAUAUCCAGGUCCUGCUACUCUCUAGCUGACCAACUAAGCCUGAACCCAGAGUUUUCACCACCGGGAAAGAACUACACCUGGACAGAAGUGGGAGAGUUGGUGCAGAAACUGAAGAAAGAGUGGAAUAUGAUCUGUAUCACUGACGUGGUCUACAAUCACACAGCCGCCAACAGCCCGUGGAUCAAGGAGCAUCCUGAGUGUGGUUACAACCUGGUCAACUCCCCCCACCUGAGGUCAGCCUGGGUCCUGGACCGGGCCAUAUGGCACAUGACCUGCAACAUGGCUGACGCUAAGUACGCUGCUAUGGGCCUCCCCGCCCAGGUCCAAAACGAGGGGCACCUCAAUGCGAUCCGCAGUGUUUUGUGGGAGCAGGUGUUCCCCAAGGUCAAGCUGUGGGAAUUCUUCCAGGUCAAAAUCGAGAGCACUGUGGAGGAGUUCAGGACCCUGCUCACAGAAGGAGCGAAACCAAACCAGAAGAAGACUGAGGGUAAACAGGGACUUAAGAUCAUCCAGGACCCCAAGUUCAGACGGUUCGGAAAUAAAGUGGACAUGGACUCUGCUCUGGAGACCUUUGUGCCUCACAGCCGCAGUCCUCAAGCCAUUCUGGAGGCCUGUAACUGGCUGUGGGGGAGAUUGGAGGAGAUCAAUAAAGAGCAGUACCAGCAGAUGUUACAACACCAGGAGCAGGCUGCUAACUGCAUCGUGGGAAAUGUAGUUUAUGAGCGCCUGGCUGACCACGGGCCCAAGCUGGGCCCCGUCACCAGGAAAGACCCUAUUGUUACCAGAUACUUCACCUUCCCAUUCGAGGAGAAAAGCCUGGAGGAAGACCUGCUAAUGAUGGACCAGCCAGACAAGGCCCGUCACUUCCUGGCUCACAACGGCUGGGUGAUGGGAGAUGACCCUCUUAGGAACUUUGCUGAGCCAGGCUCCAACGUGUACAUUAGGAGAGAGUUGAUCUGCUGGGGCGACAGUGUCAAACUUCGCUACGGCAACAAGCCCGAGGACUGUCCCUACCUGUGGGCCCACAUGCAGAAGUACACAGAGAUCACGGCCAAGCACUUCGCUGGGGUCCGCCUGGACAACUGUCACUCCACCCCUCUGCAUGUCGCUGAGUACAUGUUGGACGUGGCUCGUGUGUUGAGGCCCAGUCUGUACGUGGUGGCUGAGCUGUUCACGGGCAGCGAGGACCUGGACAAUGUCUUUGUGACUAAGCUAGGCAUUACCUCGCUCGUCAGAGAGGCAAUGAGUGCAGGGGACAGUCACGAGGAGGGCAGGCUUGUGUACCGGUACGGAGGGGAGCCCGUCGGGGCCUUCGUCCAGCCCAGCCUCCGCCCCCAGGUACUUUAUUCUUGGCCUAUCCUUGAGUUCUGCUAUUCAGGUACUUUAUUCUUGGUGCCCAGCAUCGCCCACGCCAUGUUCCUGGACGUCACCCACGACAACGAGUGCCCCAUCCAGCUCCGCUCUGCGUACGACUCGCUCCCCAGUUCUGCCAUCGUCUCAAUGGCCUGCUGUUGCUCUGGCAGCACCAGGGGAUAUGAUGAGAUGGUGCCUCACCAGAUCUCAGUGGUCAAGGAGGAGCGUUUCUACCCCAAGUGGAACCCUGAAGCCAAGGCCUCGACACCCGGGGAGGUCAACUUGAAGACGGGUAUCAUCGCUGGCAAGCUGGCCCUCAACAAAAUGCACCAGGAACUGGCUUCCAAAGGCUUCAACCAGGUGUACGUUGACCAGGUGGACGAGGACAUUGUAGCGGUGACACGUCACUGUCCCAGCACCCACCAGUCUGUGGUGGCCGUGUGUCGCACUGCCUUCCAUAACCCCAAACACCACCAGUACAGGAAGGAGGUUCCACCCAUGUUUAUCCCUGGUAAAAUUGAGGAGGUCAUUCUGGAGGCGCGUAUCAUUGACCGGCAAGCCGGGACCUACAAGAAGUGCGAGAAGUACAUCAACGGCAUGCCGGAGUACACCGUGGAGAUUAAGGAGCACAUCCAGCUGAAAGACAGUGGCGUUGUAAAACACGCAGGCGUGACUUCUAAGGGCAGCAGUGAGUUUGUCCAGGAGAUCAUCUUCGAGCGCCUCACCCCUGGCAGCGUCAUCGCUUUCAGGGUGAGUCUGGACCCUAAGGCUCAGGGGCUGGUGGGAGUCAUCAGACAUCACCUGAUCCAAUUCAGCCCCAAGUACAAGCCUGGCAGUCUGCCUGACCAGCACACACCACCCAUACUGGAGACACCACUGGCACAGAUCAUGUCUAAGCUGACUCUGGGUGACAUGAACAUGCUGCUGUUCCGCUGUGACUCUGAGGAACAGGAGGACGGAGGAGGCUGCUACAACAUCCCUUCCUGGACCAGCUUCAAGUACGGUGGCCUGCAAGGUCUUCUGUCAGUGAUGGCGGACAUUCGUCCCAAGAACGACCUGGGCCACCCGGUGUGUGACAAUCUGAGACAGGGGGACUGGAUGAUCGACUACGUCAGUAACAGGCUGGUGUGCCACAGUGGCGCUCUAGGAGAGGUGGGGAAGUGGCUCAAGGCGAUGUUCCAUUAUCUGAAGCACAUCCCUCGCUAUCUCAUCCCCUGCUACUUUGAUGCCAUUUUAGUGGGAGUCUACACCACGGCUCUUGACACCACCUUCAACAAGAUGUCCAGUUUCGUCCAGAACGGCUCGACCUUUGUCAAACUGCUAGCUCUGGGCUCGGUCCAGAUGGGUGGUGUGGGAAGUUUCCCGGCUCUGCCUCCCUUGUCCCUGGAACUACCCGACGUCCCCUACCGCCUCAACAAGGACACCGGCAAGAAGGAGCAGUGCUGCAUCUCCCUGGCCGCAGGUCUGCCUCACUUCUCCUCUGGGAUCUUCCGAUGCUGGGGCCGAGACACCUUCAUUGCUCUGCGUGGACUCAUGCUGGUCACUGGUCGUCACCUGGAGGCUAGAAACAUCAUCCUGGCAUUUGCAGGCACCCUGAGACACGGUCUUAUCCCCAACCUGUUGGGCGAGGGCAUCUGCGCCCGCUUCAACUGCCGUGAUGCCGUGUGGUGGUGGCUGCAGUGCAUCCAGGACUACUGUACCUUGGUGCCCGAGGGCAUUGCCAUCCUCCGCUGCCCUGUGGUCAGGAUGUACCCCCAUGACGACUCUGAGCCCCAGGUCUCUGGCACUCCGUCCCUGCUCACACAGCCCUUGUGUGAUGUCAUCCACGAGGCCAUGCAACGUCACAUGCAGGGAAUCGACUUCAGAGAGCGCAACGCAGGACCAAAGAUCGACAUGCACAUGAAGGACGAGGGCUUCAAUGUUGUGGCCAAAGUGCACCGUGAUACUGGCUUUGUUUACGGUGGCAACCGCUUCAACUGCGGAACAUGGAUGGACAAAAUGGGAGAGAGUGACAAAGCUCGCAACAAGGGCAUGCCUGCAACACCCAGAGAUGGGUCAGCGGUGGAGAUUGUGGGCCUCAGUAAGUCUGCGGUGCGCUGGCUGGUGGAGCUCCAUAAGAAGGGCCUGUUCCCCCACAGCUCCAUGAAAAUACACCGGGACGGUAAGGAGGUGAAGGUUUCCUAUGAGGAGUGGAACCAUAAGAUCCUGGCCAACUUUGAGAGGAACUUCUAUGUGUCCCACGACGAGAAGGACCCCAACGAGAAGCACCCUGACCUGGUCCACAAGAGAGGCAUCUACAAGGACAGCCACGGAGCCUCCAGCCCCUGGUGUGACUACCAGCUCAGGCCCAACUUUUGCAUUGCCAUGGUGGUGGCUCCGGAGUUGUUCACUGUGGAGAGAGCCUGGAAAGCCCUGGGAAUUGCUGAGAAGAAGCUGCUAGGACCUCUGGGAAUGAAGACGUUGGACCCAGAUGAUAUGGUGUACUGUGGUGUCUAUGACAAUGCCCUGGACAACGAUAACUACAACGUGGCCAGAGGUUUCAACUACCACCAAGGACCGGAGUGGCUAUGGCCAAUUGGGUACUUCCUGCGAGCAAAGCUUUAUUUUGCCAAGAAGCUUGGGAAGGAGACCUAUGAACAGACAGUGUACCUGGUGAAGAGCAUUCUCUCUCAGCAUUAUGUCCACCUGGAGAGGUCUAGCUGGAAGGGUCUGCCAGAGCUGACCAAUGAGAAUGGCCAGUACUGUCCCUUCAGCUGCGAAUCACAGGCCUGGUCCAUCUCCACGGUGCUGGAAGUCCUCCACGACAUAUAGCACCUCACUUCCUGUGGGCGGAGACUCGCCCCAUGAUCUAAUGUCCUCCUGUAGUCCGGCACUGUUUUAAUUCACCUUCAUAGUGUGGUGUUUGUUGUCUUGUUUUGGACCACAUGUACACCCUAUGCAUUAAACCUACUGGGCUCGCAAGUAUAAAGUAAUGCCUUGUGAACACCAGCAAUUCUAGUGGUUGUGGACGGCAUUGGGAAAUUUUUGCUCACGGCCUCAUUUGACGGCUGACUUAGUGUUGUCAAGGUAUGAUCCCUGUGUUACAGUAGAUACAUGAGCUAAUGUUAAAGCACUUAAUGAUAAAGUAUUAAAGAUGAAGUAUUGGAAGGGUUUGGAAGACCGACUGUUUUAAACCAGCUAACCUCAUAGGCAGUUGAACUUUAACCGUGUGUCGACUGCACUGCUACCCGGUCCAUGGAGAUCCUUUUAAAGAUGGUAUCAAAAUGUACUGUACUAUGAAAUUAGUCAAGUGACAACCCAUUGCUGUGUGCUUCCAUGCCUUUUUAUUAGAAUUUAGAUCCCUAAAAAUAAACCUCUGUGGAAAGCAUCACUGUGACAGAAGAACUUGUAGAGUAGCUGUUCUAUCCAUAACCCACCCUAAAUGUGAUGCAUCGCUCCUUGUGAAUCUGGUGCCACUUUUUAUGAGUCAGCAUGUUCCCAGUUUAUAGUGUGAUUGAUAAGUGUGUCUGCCUACAUAGUGUUGUCACAUAAACAGUCUGCAACAUGA